AUGUUCAACAGAAUAAUGAAAAGAGGGCACAAAAAGCCCUCCAAGCCGGAGGCCGUCGAAACUCCGGUGCCGACGACAUCGCCGUUGCCGAACGUAACCGUCAACCACGCCUCCCGAGCGACAGCUCCGGCGCCACAGCCAGCGCAGCCGGUGUCCCACACGGUGGUGCCGCCGAACCCCGGCGUUGUCGAGGUCUUGCCGAUGGUGAAGGACGUGCCAUUGCCCGAAAGGCACGCCAUGUUCAUAAGGAAGCUCCAAGUCUGCUGCAUCUCCUUCGAUUUCGCUGACACGAUGAAAUCGGUCCGCGAGAAGGAGAUCAAGAGACAAACAUUGUCGGAGCUCGUCGAAUUGGUGCAUUCGGGAUCGUUCAAAAUGAACGAGAUCAUGCAAGAGCAGCUCAUCAACAUGAUCUCGAUCAACAUCUUCCGGCCGCUCCCGCCGGCGGCACACGAGACCACCGGCGCGGCAGGCGGAGAUCCAGAAGAGGAAGAAAUCUAUAUGGAACCGGCAUGGCCUCACUUGCAAAUUGUCUACGAAUUGUUAUUGAGAUACAUAGUUUCGUCGGAUACCGACAUUAAAAUCGCCAAGAGGUAUAUCGACCACUCAUUCGUGCUCAAAAUGCUCGGCAUCUUCGACUCGGAGGAUCCUCGCGAAAGGGAGUAUUUGAAGACCGUCGUUCAUAGGGUCUACGCAAGGUUUAUGAUCCAUCGACCCUUUAUAAGGAGUUCGAUCAACAAUAUCUUGUGCCGGUACAUGUUUGAGACCGAGAGGUACAAUGGGAUCGUGGAAUUGUUGGAUAUUAUAUCGAGCGUGAUAACGGGGUUGGUGUUGCCGAUCAAAGAGGAGCACAAGUUGUUCUUAGUGCGCGUACUUAUACCAUUGCACAAGUCGAAGGGGAUUGCAUCUUUCCAUCAACAGUUGUCUUGUUGCAUAACACAAUUUGUCGAGAAAGAUUACCGGUUAGCGGAUAUUGUCAUAAAGGGUGUGCUUAAGUAUUGGCCUCUUUCCAACUGUGGUAAGGAGGUUCUUUUCCUCGGCGAAAUCGAAGAGAUUUUGGAGGCGACGCAGUCGCCGGAGUUCCAACGGUGCAUGGUUCCGUUGUUCCGGCAAGUCGCGCGAUGCAUAAACAGCCCACAUUUCCAGGUGGCUGAGAGAGCUCUUUUCAUGUGGAACAAUGAGCAAAUAGUCGGCUUGGUUGCAGAGAAUCGACACGUGAUUCUACCGAUCAUAUUCAGCGCAUUAGAGCAUAAUAUUCAAGAUCAUUGGAACCAGGCAAUUAGCGGGUUGACCACCAACGUGCGCCGGAUGUUUUUGGAAAUGGACGCCGAGCUGUUCGAAGAGUGCCAGCAAAAGCACGAGGAAAAGGAGGCGAGCGCAGGAGCAGUCGAAGAGCGGCGCCUCUCUACUUGGAGGAGACUAGAAGAAGCUGCUGGAGCUCACCAUUGA